GAUCCGUUCUCUGUCCGAGCCUGGCUACGCCAAUCUCUAAAAUAUGUCAUUCAAAGGUACUUACUCUGCACGAAGGAGGAAAUGUCUAUAGACAAUGAUAUGAGGUCGGCAGUGUACAAAGGAGAUGUUGAUGCAUUAAAAGAACUGGUAUCAAAAGGUGGUAACCCAAAUGCAAAAGGCUAUAAUGAUGAACCAUUGCUGUUAUAUGCAGCUAUCUGUAAUAAAGUGGAAAUCAUCAGAUAUCUACUGAAAGAGGCCUGUGUUCCAAUAGAACUGUGUGAUAAACGUGGCCGCACGGCUCUUUUGACUGCAGCGUCAUAUGGAAACCUGGAUGCUGUGCAGUACCUGCUCUCAGCUGGUGCCAACAUCCUGGCCAGAACUGCACUGGAUGAAACAGCACUGCACCUCUCCGCACGCACCAAGUCAGUGGAGACUUUCAAGUUCCUCCAGCAGUCAGGCAUUCCUGUGGAUGCUCUGGACAUUCGAGGCAGGACUGUCCUCCAUCAUGCAGCCAAGUCUGCAUAUCCGAAGAUGGUAGAAUGCAUUCUUGAAGGGGAUUGGCUGCAUGUUGACUGUCAAGACAAGAAUGGGCAAACACCACUGAUGUUGACAGCAGACUACCCACGGAGUGAGAGAGAUGAUGUCAGCUGGUUCAGUUUAAAAGAUGGCUGGGUGAACAAGGUUAUAACAAUCCUUCUCAAUGCUGGUGCUGAUCUUUCAAUAAAGGAUGUGCUUGGAAGGACUGCACUCCAUAGAACACUUGGAAAUUCCGACAAUUUUCAGUAUUUAUGGAAAAAAAGUAAAGAUUUCACCCACUCUGUUGAUAAGAAAGGGCAGACACCAAUACAUAGGGCACUAUCAGGUUUCUGCUAUCAUUGGAAUAUGCAUUCUGUAGUGAGGCUCUUGCUGGAAGCUGGUGCAGAUGUCGAAUCAUGUGAUGCUGAGGGGAGGACAGCUUUAGCUAUUGCUGUAGAGAGAGACUCUUAUUAUGACGUGCAAACAUUAAUAAAAGCAGGCGCUGAAACAUCAUGCUUUGGGAAGCACUUUCUCACAAAGUGUCUACAUAUUGCUGUAUGGGAACAAAAUGUUGAGUUAACAAGGAGGAUGCUUGCUGAAGGCGCAGAUAUAAAUGGCAGAUACAGCAGUUUAGAUCCAGAUCCACAGUCAACAGAGAAAGGCCAUACUGUAAAUUGCUUAGGGUGCUUUGAUUCCGGGCUUGAAGUAUAUACUGAUCUCUCGGGAUAUUCUCCUUUGUUUGAGGCUCUUCGCUCUGAAAAAAUGCUCAAAUUGUUGAUUGAUGCUGGAGCAGAUGUGAAUUUCAAGGAUAAUCAUGGAUGGUCACCACUUCAGAGAGCUUUUUAUGGUGGAAACUUUAAGGCCUUCAACAUGCUACUGGAUGUUGGUGCUGAUCCAUAUAGUGUAGAUGACUGUGGAGUAUCGUUACUCCACAUGUUGUCUAAAAGGCCUAUGGAUAAGAAGGAAUUUUCAAAAAUCACAGAAAGGCUAAUACAAGGUGAAGCCAGAGUGAAUGUUGCUGAUCAUAACGGUAGAACUCCACUACAUUAUGCCACCAGAGAAGGAAAUUGGAAGUACCUGAAAAUUUUAAUUGAUGCUGGUGGUGAUGUAAAUUCUGUGGACGUGAAUGGUGCAACACCAUUACUCAUGCUGGCUAAUCGUUGCUACAAAGAGACUGCGCAAGUACUGAUUGAUGCUGGAGCUAAUAUAACAGUAGGCAAUAUCAAUGGCCAGAAAAUUAUACACCAGGCAUCCCAGCUUGGGAAUCCCACAGCCAUUGAUUAUCUGAUGGGUGUUUGGCCCUCAGCAUGGGGCUAUGACAAUCAUGGAAACACUGUUCUACACUUUGCCACGAGAAAUGGUAACAACAGAAUGAGGAUUAUAGAGCAUAUUCUGAGGAGGAAGCUGGUGCCUGUAGAUGAGAGAAAUGAUGAGGGGCAGACAGCACUUGCCAUGCUUGUGCAGCAAGGCUCAAAUUGGCGUUCGUUACACCGUGAAGUAAAGAUAUUACUGGCAGAAGGAGCAAGUCCCUUUAUGAAGGACAACAAAGGAAAAACACCUUUGCACAUUGCAUCCAGCGUUGAUGACGUGAAGGUAAUGGAGACACUGAUUGCGGCUGGUGUGGAUAUCACAUCAAAGGAUGUCAUUGGUCGAACAUCUUUGCACUGGGCAGCCGAGGCACACAGUGUAGGAGGUCUGGAGCUGUUACUGCAAAAGCCAGCAAGCAUUGAUGAGCAGGACAGUGAUGGCCAGACACCACUGAUGCUUGCUGUUGGCAGCAGUGAUGCAGUCAAUUUCCUGCUGAGGAAAGGAGCAAAUUUUAGUGUGAGAGAUUACUCUGGGAAGACAGCACUCCAACAAGCAAUUGACCAUGGCAGCCAUGGUGCAGUGAAAUUCCUGUGGACUGCAGGAAGCAGCUUCAUGGACAUCCCACAGGAAUUUCGUAUCAGAGCUGCACAUUUAGCUGCAACAGCAGGAGAUGAGGAGAUGUUGGACCACUUGAUGUCUUUGGGAAUGUCCUUAUCAGACUGCUGGUGGGAUCCUGCGCACAAUACAACAUUGCUACACUGUGCAGCACAGUUUAGUGUGGAAAUUGUGAAGAAAUUAAUGGACAGUGGUCAUACUGAAUAUGCACAUGACAACAAAGGAUGCACACCAUUGCAUGUUGCAGUUACAUCAGAAAAUUACAUUGUAACAAAGUAUUUGGUGGAAGAAGCACAUGUCCCAGUGAAUGACAGGGAUGCUGAUGACAGAACACCUUUAAUGUUAGCAAUCAGCAGUAACUGGUGGUAUCCUGAUGUAUGUGAUAUGCUUGAGAUUCUGGUGAAUGCAGGAGCAGACAUUAGUGCUCAAGACAAAGAUGGGAAUACUGUCUACCAGUUGUCACAAAGGUCUUGGUCUGACACAACUCAUGACUUACUAGAUUAUAUGCAGCAUCGACUCUGAUUACAUAUGGGUGAGUUGAAAAGGUUUGACUCAGGUCUAAUUUACAGUGUUUUUUUCUGUACACUGAAUAUGUAUGUACUUUGUAUUACAUUUAUA